UCAGGAAGUUGACAGAGUCAGACUUCGCUGAACCACUACCUAGAAAAGACAAGAUGGCUAAAUACGCUCUGUUUGAGUCAGAAGAAGAAGAACUCAGGAUGGUUCUAGUUGGGAAAACUGGAUCUGGAAAGAGUUCAGCAGGAAACACCAUCUUAGGAGAAAAGGCUUUUAAAUCAACAAUGAGUCCUUCCUCAGUAACUUCAGAGUGUCAGAAAGAAACAGGCUUGUUUGAUGGUCAGACACUGGCUGUGGUUGAUACUCCAGGUCUGUUUGACACCAGAAUAAGUCAAGAACAAGUGAUAACAGAGAUCGGUAGAUGCAUCUCAUUCUCUGCUCCUGGACCUCAUGUGUUCCUGGUGGUGAUUCAACCAAACAGAUUCACAGAAGAAGAACAGAAAACAGUGAAACUCAUUCAGGAGAUCUUCGGAGAAGAAGCAGCUCGUUACACGAUGGUCUUGUUCACUCAUGGAGACGAUCUGGAGGAAGAUGAAGUUUCAAUCAAAGAAUACUUAGAUAAUCAGCCUCUCAGUGACUUCAUUAAACGGUGUGGAGGAAGAUUUCAUAUCUUCAACAAUAGAGACAAAGAUCCAUCUCAGGUCAGAGAGCUGGUAAAAAAGAUCAACUCAAUGGUUCAGAGAAAUGGAGGAAGAUGCUACACCAACGACAUGUUCAGAGAAGCUGAGAGAGCCAUAAGAGAAGAGAUAGAAAAACUACAGAGAGAAAAUCCAAACAUGAAGAUUGAAGAAGCAAGAAAACGAGCUGAGAGAAAAAACAAGUUCAUCAAGCUCUUUAUUACGGCUGCUGGAGCUGCUGCUGGAGCUGCUGCUGGAAUUGGAAUAGAAAUUGCUAUUGGAGCUUCCAUUGGAGCAGUGGGGGGUCCAGUUGGAGCUGCAGUGGGAGCUCUGGUUGGAGUGGUAGUGGGUUCUACGCUUAUGGCAGUUAAAAAAAAGCAAUGUGUCAUUCAAUGAUUUCCAUUGUUAAUUAUCCAUCAGCUGCAGCUUUUCUAUGUAACAAUCAUAUAUAUUAUUGAUUAUGUGAUGAAUGUAUUUAAAGACGUCUAUUGAAGUCUUUAAAUAAAAGAUAGAAUUUGAGCCAUCCAAUGAAGCUUUAUAAAUCAAAGAGAUUGACUACUGAUUAUGGUUGACUUGUUGUUCUGUCAGAGGAGGAUAUAAAUAAAUUUCUGCUGAACACAUUGAGAUGUCUGUGUUGA